GAUAAUGCCCACAGCUAAAGAUCGAGAAAUGGGCCGAGAACUUGAUUACCCAGAAGCUGUACUUCUUACAAGCCCAACUAAUUCUUUCCUCAAAGGAGAGGUGGACGAUAAGUAUCAGUACUCUGUUGAAGACAAGGAUAAUCGGGUCCAUGGGUGGAUCAGCCCAAACCCAAGAACUGGAUUUUGGAUGAUUACACCUAGUAAUGAGUUCAGAACAGGUGGGCCUGUUAAACAAGAUCUCACUUCUCACACCGGCCCAAUAACUUUAUCUGUGAGUAUAUCAUAUGUUAGCUGCAUAAGUGUUCUUAUUUUUCUUAUAAGAUUACAUAUCCUUUAUUUCUUAAUCCAUAUUUUAUAAUGAUGCCAGAAAUUUCUAUGAAUAAAAAUCAUACCAUUUCUUGAAAAAAAUAAGAACAACAUAAUUUUGGUUUUACCAUAUGUUACAUGGAAAACACCUAGAAUCCGCACUGUCAGUGACAUAUGUAGCCUCUGUGUUGUGAAUUCAAUCGAAUCUAG